AAGACAUUUUUUACACCAAGGUUUAUUUUUCAGAUUAAAAAAUACGUCAGACUUAAAAUGGUAGAAUUAUCUGAAUUUUGUAAGCUUCUCCCCAAAGUUGAGCUUCACGCACAUCUAAAUGGUUCCUUAAGUUGCCAAACUAUUGAAAAGCUGGUAGCCUACCACACUAAGAUGUGGCCUGAUGAGCCUAUGCCUGCUGGAUCUGAUACUCUAAUCGAGGCAGGGAAGAAGGGAAGCUUUGAUGAUCCGUUUCGAAUGUUCUCCCUGGUCCACAGCAUAACAGACAACGUCUGGGCGGUGGGGGAGGCCAUGAAAGAUGUUAUUGAGGAGUUUGCGGACGAUGGUGUUAUUUAUUUAGAGAUCAGAACUACACCAAGGAGGGUUGCUGGUAGGAUGGAGAAGGAAGAGUAUUGUAGGGCUGUACUUGAUCAGAUUGUAAAGUCUCGCCUCACUUUCCCGCAGAUAAUAGUAAAGUUGAUCAUAGCAGUUGACAGAAGGUUGAUGCAAGAUUUUGAGGAGCAUAUUCAACUGUACAAUUUUCUUCAGAAGGACUACCCAGGUCAAGUGGUUGGGAUAGAUAUCUCAGGGGACCCGAGGCAGGGGAAUAUCAUUCAGAUCAUUCCUAGGAUGCAAGAGCUCAGAAAUGAAGGAAUACGAUUCUCUGUUCAUCUUGCAGAAGUAUUCAACAAACAGGAAACCCUGGAGUUUUUAGAGUUUGGUCCGGAUAGAAUUGGUCAUGGAACCUGUAUUCAUCCUUCUUUAGGGGGAUGUUCUGAGCUCUGGGAUAAACUGGAGUCUUCAAGUAUUCCAGUUGAGGUCUGUAUGACCAGCAACGUAAUCUGUAACUCUGUUCCUUCUUAUGCUCAACAUCAUGCUGGACUACUGCAUAACAAGGUUCCUUUUAUCCUUUGUACCGACGACAAAGGUGUCUUCUCUUGUUCACUCAGUGGAGAAUAUAGACUUGCUGGAGAAGCGUUUGGUUGGGACUCUGAGAAAUUGUUCAGGGUUGCCAGCAAGGCAGUGAACUAUAUCUUCAGUGGAGAGGAGGAGAAGGAGAUGUUAAAAAUAACCUUUACAGAGUGGAGGAUGAAAAAUGCGGAUUUCUUCAACUCAAAACCAUGAUUGAAUCAUAGAAAUAACUGUAGUUUUACACCAGUUUUUUGAGUUACUACUCUGCAUUUUGUACAUUCAAAUCAAUAUAUUUUUUUUCCCGGUAGGAAGUGAAUAUUUUUGUAUUUUUUGUAUCAAAUUGGUUUUUAAGUAAUAAAGCUGCAUCAGGCGCGCCUAUACCUA